AUUCGUGGUGAAACCCCCGUUUAAAACUGGCAACAGAAUGAAACUUUUCAUUCCGUUAUUAUGGCUCAGGUUUAUAUUAUGGAAGGAAAAACACAAAGAAAUGUAACAUUGACAAGGUUUCUACUCUCUGGGACUUCUACGAUAGCUGCAGUUUGCGUUACCAAUCCUAUUGAUGUGACCAAAAUUCGCCUGCAACUAGACAAUGAGUUGGUGACUACACAAUAUGGUUACACAAAGUCGAGCCGAUAUUACAAUGGCUUCUUCCGUGGAGGUUUAAGAAUAUUUAAAGAGGAGGGCAUAAGGGGAUUAUAUAAAGGUAUUGCAGCAUCAAUAUUACGAGAGGCUUCAUACAGUACCAUACGUCUUGGUGCAUAUGAGCCAUUUAAAGAACUGCUUGGUGCUCACAAUCCUGCUAAGACACCAUUGUGGAAGAAGAUUGCUGCAGGAGCUAUGUCAGGAGCAAUUGGUAGUGCAGUAGCAAAUCCAACAGACUUGGUUAAGAUACGACUCCAAGCUGAGAAAACAUUAAAACCUGGUGAGCAGCCACGUUAUUCUGGCACAUUAUCAGCCUUUAAAAUUAUUGCAGCCAAUGAAGGAGUAAAAGGACUGUGGCGAGGUGUUGGUGCAACUGUAAAGCGAGCUGCUAUUGUUACUGGUACCCAAAUACCAUCCUAUGACCAUUUGAAACAUAGUCUACUUAACUAUGGUUUGAUGUCUGAAGGAUUAAGAUUGCACAUGGUUUCAUCAAUGGGUGCUGGACUUGCAGUUGCCUUGGUUAGCUCCCCUGUUGAUGUCAUAAAAACAAGAAUCAUGAACCAAAAAGUCGUCGACAAAAAUGGGACCUUGUAUCGCAGUGCUUUUGAGUGCCUGGGAAAAACAUUAAAAACGGAGGGUCUCUUAGGCCUUUAUAAAGGAUUCUUGCCCAAUUGGUUGAGAGCUGGCCCUCAGACUAUGAUUACAUUCUGCAUCUUUGAACAGCUGAGAAAACUAUUUGAUAUUGCACCAGUGUGACAUUGCUGUAAUGAAAAAAAAACUUGAGAUACAGCAGUAUGUCAUAUAAAACACCUAAACUGAUAGAAAACAAAAAUUAUAUCACCUUAAGUAGGCUACACACAACAACCCUUAUCUUUCGUAACUUAGUUUUUGUCGGAUUCUAUUUCAGAUCAGUACCAAGCAAGCCAGGUAGUGAUGUAAAAUAUAUUAGUUUUGUGUUUCUGGUGGUGGUCAGUUUAAUAAUCAUAGAGGAAGAUAGUUGCUUUACCUUAUUGAUAAUUUCAGGUUUACAAACUUUCUGCAUGGUAUGCUAACUCAAGAGCAUCUGUGAAGGAGUUUUUAUAUAAAAUAAAACUAAAAGCUGAAAGAGGGAAAAACCCCCAUGGGGAAAAAUAAUUCACAAUUCAUGUGAACAGUACCUGAUAAACCAAUGUUGUAAAUAUUUGUGGGUAAAAUAAAAAUUGUACUAAUAUACAUGAACAAAUUAUUGCCAUCUCAAUUCUGAUUGGUUAAGAGAAGUGCAAUUUAAUAUUAGGUAAUGAAUUCCCAAUGACUGUGGUAAUAUAGUGCUCGCCGUGCCAAAA